AUGCACGGCUUUGCCUUUGUCCCUCGUCCCUUCCCUCCCCCCGCUCUCGCAGAUGUCCCUCUCGAGUAUAUUAUUGACCAGCUGCGUCGCCUUGCUCCUCAUUACUGGAGCAAGCCGGAGACCUCAGAUUGCACAAUCGUUGUCCCCCUGGAUACAAAAGCCUCAAUUUCUGCUCUUGGACCUUCCAAUGACACAGCUGCAGACGCGUGUCUCCCGUUUUCUGACCCAGAUGACCUGGAACAGGAGAUACAUGAGCCUUCAUCUCGUCCAGCUCCCCGGAUGGUAAUGCAGCUGCACAUGGACUAUCUAUGCGCGCACUCGGCAUUGCUUCGAGGACUCUUCAGUGGCGCAUCGCCCUUCGACCUCAUCGAGAGCCCGUCCAGUCCAUCUCUCUCCUCACGCCCGUCCACCCCUCCGAGCCCCGAGCUCGAGGAACGCCGCGCGCGGCGCACCUCGCUGCGCAUCCCUCCGGUGCCAUGUCUCCUCCCCUCCCCGCCAACGCACCCCUCGAUCUACCUCCCCGUGCCCGAUCCCGCGUCGUUCCGCCUCCUCGUGCACUACAUCUACUUCGGCUCGACCGCGUUCAUCGAGGACGCGCUCGACGAAGGCACGAUCGCCUGGGAGGGCCUCGCACGCAACGUCGAGUACCUCGGCAUGGGCGCCGAGAUCAAGAUCGUCCUCGGGAACUGGUACCGUCGCUGGCGCUGCGGCCCGCCCUCAGGCUACGAUUCGGGCUCUGAUUCGGACUCGGACUCGGACAGCGAUGACUUCCGGUACGACGGCGAGUACGACGGCGCCUUUGACCAGGAGCUCGAGCUCCCGCCCAAGGAUGCCUCUGUGGAGCUCUCUCCGACGGUGUUCGACCCCGACGAGGCGUACUACAAGGCGGGCGACGACGACGAUUGCGGGAAGGCUCUCGACUCCGAGCCCCCGCGCGGACGUCGGCGUGCCACCCGCCGCCUCGGGCACUCCUUCUCCGACCCGGGCCUGCACUCGACGCGCCAGCAGAAGGAGAAAGUGCGUGCGCCCCGCGGGCGCAGCAAGUGA